GUUGGGACAAGGAGGGAUGUUAUAGUACAUAUAGUAAAAAGGAUUAAUUGAGCCACAUAUAAUCUAAUAAGGGUUACAAAACUACUCUGAAUACAUUGGACAAAGGGUAGGCAACGUGAUAUUUAUAAGAUUUUUGGCCUGCAUUAGUAGUGCAAGACAUUAAUAAUAAUUUGUACUUGAUCUAGUUUCUAAGUCAUCUGGUUACAGACCAGUGUUACACAUGGUAAUGGCGCGGUCGAUGCUCUUGUAAAAGACACAGCUUUUGUCAGAGGGCAUCCAGCAGGUUUCCUUCGGCCUAAAAUAGCCGUUAUCAGCUCCCGCAGCAUUUGUGUGCCAGAGUGAGUGAGUAACCUCAGCUCACCCAUGAUGAACAAAAGAAGAUGGGGAUGAGAAGGUUGAGCAUGUGGUGAAGAGAAGACCGCAACAGGACUCUCAGAGAGGAUGGACCAGAGAAACAGAACAAUGAUCAUGGUUUUCCUUCUCUGUGUCAUUGUAGAUAUGUUAGCAGAGGGCCACACUCUGGAUGUGUGCGCCACCUGUCACGCUAACGCCAUAUGUGAUGACAAGUUGGAUGGCUCUGGCAAAGUUUGUAACUGCAAGUACGGGUUUGUUGGAAAUGGGAGAACAUACUGUCAAGAUAAAGAUGAGUGUGCAAUUGGAGCCAGUAGGAUCUGUGGGCAUCACACCAUCUGCCACAACACAUUCGGCAGCUACUACUGUACCUGCCUGGCUGGCUACAGCCCCUCGAACAACAUGGAAGUCUUCAUCCCAAACGAUGGGACCCACUGCCAGGACAUCGAUGAGUGCGGGAUCACAGGCUUGUGUGGAGACGGAGGUCGCUGCAGGAAUCUUGAGGGCAGUUUUGAGUGCAGCUGCCAGCUGGGUUAUCAAGUUCACAACGGAGUGGAGCCCUUCCAUCCUCACAGAGACAGAGCUUUCUGCAAAGUGGUCGACUGUGGCCGGCCCGCCUCAGUGGAGGACGCGGUGCUGCUGUCAGUCACUGGGACCACAUACGCCAGUGUGGCCAUAUUUGGCUGUGACGAAGGUUUCGUGCGGAGGAGUGGCGACAACAGCUCUGUGUGUGGAGCUGAUGGACAGUGGAGAGGAGCCACCAUAGUCUGUGAAGCGGUUGACUGUGGCUUUCCCCCUGCCUUCAAUCACUCUCAUAUGCUGUGGAAUAAGAGCUCAAGGAUGGGCACUGAGGUGCUUUAUCAGUGCAACUCUGGAUAUCAUAAUGUUGGAAUGGGCAACGUGUCCACCUGUACUGCUGCUGGACGGUGGGAGACACCUUCUAUGCUCUGUGAAGAGACCUUGUGUGGACGCCCAACCAUAAUUGAAAACACUGAGCAGGUGUGGAACAAUAAUUCAAGCCCUGGCAGCACUGUACUCUAUUUUUGUAAAGAGGGCUUUUCUAACAAAGGAGGACAUAAUGUGUCGAUUUGUAAUGAAAACGGUCAGUGGACUUCACCAACUCUGUCUUGCCAAGAGAUAUUAUGUGGGGAUCCUCCUAUACUGCCUCACACUGGGCAUGUGUGGAAUGGCAGCUCCACACCUGGAAACACAGUGACUUACUACUGUAAAAUAGGAUUUUAUUACAGUGAAGGAGAAAACAUAUCAUUGUGUACAAGUAAUGGUUACUGGACAAAACCAAACAUCUCAUGCAAAGAAGUUGACUGUGGUGUGCCCCUACCCAUCCCUCAUUCAGUCAUGCUGUGGGAUAAUGUCUCCACUGUGGGCUCUCAGGUUGUUUAUCUGUGUAACUCCGGAUAUCGAGAUGUUGGAGAGGGAAAUGUGUCGGUUUGUACACCCAGUGGGGAAUGGGACGCAGCACCUUUUCUCUGUCAAGAAAUCACUUGUGAAGAGCCUGUUGUUAAACCUCAUGCUAACGUGCAAUGGAACGGCACAACAAACAUUGGCAGUGUGGUGUAUUAUCAAUGUGAGGAGGGAUAUCGCAUGAGGAGCCUGAGAAACUACUCAGUAUGUGGAGAGAGUGGACUGUGGGAGGAUAUUGAACUAUGGUGUGAAGAAAUAAGUUGUGGUCCCCCACUAAACCUCCCCUAUACUAACCUCCUGUGGGAUCACACCAGUAGACCAGGCAGUGUGGUGCUGUAUGAGUGUAUGGAUGGAUUUUACCAGGAGAGUGGAAAUAAUGUGUCAACAUGUUUACAAUCAGGAGAGUGGGGGAGAGUAUCUAUGAAGUGCAAAGCUAAAUGUGGCCCAGUUCCUUUCCUUGCCAACUCAGAGGUGGUGUGGCAUAACAGAAGUGUAGUGAUCCACCGCUGUGUGGAUGGAUAUCACAGCUGGAGGGGCGGCAAUGUCUCUGUGUGUGGCAGCUCUGGGCUGUGGCAGAAAGCUACACUGAGUUGCAUAGAAAUAAAGCCAGCAAUCAAUCACCUGUUUGUCCUCAAUGAAAAAUGUGUGUACUGGAAGGCAGAAAAGUAUGAGGAGGACACAGAAGUUUACAAGGUGACAUACACAGGAUCCAGAGAUUACCAGAGGUCCUUUCACGACAACAGGAAAAGGUUCCUGAGCUCCAAGGCCGACCGGCUUGAACUCUGUCUGAACCUCCUUCCAGCCACCAACUACAGCAUCUCAAUCACUGCAGUGUCUGCCAGAUUCACAACCACCAUCACCACUAACACCAGUCUAACCGUGCCACCAGCCCCAGUUGUCUACUACAGAGAAUUUGAGACUCCUGUACCAACGUUGAGGCUACACAGAACACCCGACACACUGGACCCAAUAAGUUUGUACCAGGUGUUUGUGCUUCCUGUUGAGGGGAUCAUAAUGUUUGACUGUUCCUCUGCUGCGAGCUCACUGGAGCACAUCACUGCCCAGAUUGCAGUCAGACACGUCGGGACACAGAUGGACUUUACUGUGGGGGAUGGACUGUACUAUGGAGGCUUCUUUAAUGAACCAUUAGAGAAUGGCAGGAACUAUUAUAUUAUCCUACGAGCUGUCAGUCAGUGGAAAAUGGCUUUAAAAAGUUCCUGUGUCCUGUGGGCUAAAGUAAGAGGUUUUUCAAGAAGACAUGAUGUUCUUCACUGCCCAUUUUCUUUCAUUUUUAUUUUUGACGACAGUCUUAUAUUCCUCUUGUACAUUUUGUAACUAACUUUAAUAAAACAUUUUUUUCAGUAACUAUUGGAUGUGUUCUUGAUAAAUGCUUGAAUUAUGAUUGGAUGUGAAAAUGUUCUUGUGAUGAGGAACAGUCCUCUUUGAGACACUUGGACAUGCUGUAGUAGACUUUCACUCCUGCACUCCAGCAGAAGACUUUUCAACACCAUCAAAGAUGCUGAGUUGACAUCCUUAUGUCUUUGCUCAGUGGGGUGGCUCUUCCUGAGGUUUCUUCCGUCAUGUUCCCCCUGUUAAAAGGGCUUGUUUUUCAAUAUAGCAGGUUUUCCUUACUUGAAUCGCGGGUCUAAUGUCAGAGAAUGUCGCCCACUUUUCGCCCUCAUUAAGGCAGUGUGAUUGGGAUUUUGAGUAAUAGAAAUAAAACUGAUUUGACCUCAAUGUGGUUACCUAGGUUUACAUUUCAUGUUACAACAGGCCUUUUUAGAUUGAGGAAGUG